AAUACAUUCAACAGGAUAUCAGAGACUGAAGCCAGUCUGAUUAUUUACGUUUGCUACUGUUUCAUCAGACAGAUAGACGAUGCUGUAUCGUGAGAAAGCGAAUUGAAAGGCCAACAGAAGGGGAAACAUGGAAAGAAGAGGAAGAAGCAUAAUAAGUGUAAGAAGAAGAAGGAAAAUUGCAGAUUUGGUAUUUGGUAUUCGCAUUGGGCGAUAUGGGUCGUUCGUCGCAGACGCAGUAAACAUCAUAGUAGACAUGUCUCCCGUCCAGCGGCGAUUAGACGGGUGAUCACCCAGAUCGAUGGGUGGGUUGCCGUCUG